CCGCUCCACCUAGUAGCACUGCCACUCCUCUCUGUCUCUCUCGCAGUCAGCGUCAGUUCCCCGCUAACCUCGCAUUGAGAAGGUGUUGUCGAACAGAUAUCGCAAGAAAGUAAGGGAUAUCAAGUGAAGGAGAGAGAGACAGGUCGUCUUGUCUUGGUUCUCCCGUCAUGAAGAUGCUUGGAGUGCCAUUUGCCCUGGUUUGGGUGGUUUUCGGGCUGUCCUGCAUUCUCGCUGGAAAAGUGAACAAACACAAGCCGUGGAUCGAGACGUCGUACCAUGGGGUGAUCACGGAGAACAUGGACACCGUCCUGCUGGACCCUCCCUUGGUGGCCUUGGACAAGGACGCACCUGUCCCUUACGCAGGGGAGAUCUGUGCGUUUAUGAUCCACGGGCAGGAGGCCCCGUUCGAGGCUGUGGUCCUCAACAAGACGUCAGGGGAGGGGGUCCUGAGGGCCAAGGGCCUGGUGGACUGUGAGACCCAAAAGGAGUACACCUUCGUCAUCCAGGCCUACGACUGUGGGGCCGGGGCCAACGGGAUCAGCUGGAAGAAGUCACACAAGGCGGUGGUUCACAUCCAGGUGGAUGACGUGAAUGAGUUCUCUCCUGUGUUCCGGGAGGCCGUAUACCAUGCAGCAGUAACGGAGGGGAAGAUCUACGACAGCAUCCUGCAGGUGGAGGCCUGGGAUCAGGACUGUUCCCCGCAGUACAGCCAGAUCUGCAACUACGACAUCGUCACCUCCGACACGCCCUUCGCCAUUGACCGCAAUGGCAACAUCAGAAACACGGAGCGACUGAGCUACGACAAGCAGCUGCGCUACAAGAUCAUGGUGACCGCCUUCGACUGCGGCCAAAAGAGGGCGACGGAGAGUGUGGCGGUGCACAUCGAUGUCAAGCCCGUCUGCAAACCUGGCUGGCAAGGCUGGAACAAACGAAUGGACUAUGAGCCCGGAACGGGAAGCAAGCAACUGUUUCCCAAGAUGCACCUUGAGACUUGUGACGGCCCGCUGUCGGCGGUGAGAGCCAUGGUGGAGCUGCAGACCAGCCACAUUGGGAAGGGCUGCGACCGAGAGACCUACUCUGAGAAGUCCCUACAGAAACUCUGUGGUGCGGCGUCCGGCAGUACGGACCUCCUCCCCGCCCCCAGCGCUUCCACCAAUUGGACGUUCUCGCUGCUGACAGACAGUGGGCGGGAUAGCGACCUCAUCUUCCGCUUCGAUGGGCGGCAGGCCUCCAACGUGCCGGAGCGGGUGGUUCCACAGAACCUGACUGACCAGUUCACCAUCGCCACGUGGAUGAAGCAUGGGCCCAGCCCCGGUCUGAGGGCUGAGAAGGAGACCUUGCUCUGCAACUCUGACAAGACCGAGAUGAACCGGCACCACUACUCCCUGUACGUCCACAACUGCCGUCUGGUUUUCCUGCUCAGGAGAGACUUCACCCAGGUUGACACCUUCCGCCCUGCAGAGUUCCACUGGAAACUGGAGCAGAUCUGUGACAAGGAGUGGCACUACUACGUGAUCAAUGUGGAGUUCCCUGCCGUGAUUCUCUUCGUAGAUGGCGUAACCUACGAACCCUACCUGGUGACCGACGAUUGGCCCAUCCAUCCCUCAUCAAUUGACACCCAGCUGACAGUGGGUGCCUGCUGGCAAGGUGGUGAGGUGUCCAACCCGCGGUUCACCCAGUACUUCCGGGGAAGUCUGUCAGGUCUGACCAUCCGGCCAGGCAAGAUAGAGACCCAGAAGGUCAUCUCCUGUCUACAGGCCUGUAAGGAAGGACUGGACAUCAACUCACUGGAGAGCCUGGGCAAGGAUAUCAAGUUUCACUUUAACCCGGCCCAGUCUGUGUUGGUGAUGGAGGGAGAGGACCUGGAGAGUGUCAACACAGCCAUGGCCAAGGUCUCCUACAUCAACUCACGCCAGUUCCCCACAGCAGGCCUCAGACGGCUACACAUCACCACCACCGUACAGUGUUUCGGGGAGGACAUAUGCAUCUCCAUCCCAGACAUUAAGGCAGUAGUAAUAGUCCUGCCACCCAGCGAGCCAUGGAUCACCAUCGCUGGUUCAGAUCGACUCGUCAAGCCUUCCGCUGACCUGCGUGGAGCCACAGGCAUGGCACCCUUCAAGGAGCUGCGCAUCACCAGCACUGUAACCAAGAGCGACGGUGUGCCGUUCAGCGCAGUCCACAGGCCUGGUGUUCUGGAGGUUAUGCACAACCUGGAUUACUGUGAUGUCCUGGUGAUCGGGGAGGAGCUCAAUCCAGAGCAUGAGAGUUUGGAGAUUCACCACAGCUCCCUAAUAGGGAAACACCUGGAUGCCACAAACUCCACCUCAGGCAUCUCCAUAUAUGGUGUGGACUCCAUGGCACACUAUGAGGAGGCCCUCAGGCAGGUGCGCUAUAGGAACUGGCACCCGGCGACCCUGACUAACAGGAGGUUCAGGCUCACCUGCUCCGAGCUCAACGGCCGCUACACCAGCAACGAGUUCAAUCUGGAGAUUAGUGUCCUCCACAACUCAGCACCUGUAGAGCAUGUCAAUCACAUGGCUGUCCAAUCCCAGUACAUGCGGCCUGUGCAUCAUCCACUGAUGGUGCACACUCUCAAUUCCCACAUCUCAGGCACCCCCCCAGCUGCCACGGUGGUGAUAGUGAUCUGUAUCGCCGCCCUGGUGGUCAUAGUGGUGCUGGGCAUCUACAGGCUCCACAGUACCCACCAGGACGGCUCCAAGAGGGAGGAGGACGUGGCCAAGGACCCAAAGAUGGACUGGGACAACUCCACCCUCACCAUCACAGUCAACCCUAUGGAGGCGGUGGAGGAGGUGGUAAGAGACGAAGAGGAUGAUGAAGAGGAAGAGGACGAUGAGCAGGCAGGUGACAUGAGUGCAGAGUCAGGCGACAGUGAUGAAACAGAGGAGGAAGAGGAGGAUGAGAGGGAAGUGAAGAAGGAGGGAAAGCAGAAGAGCAAGCUGGAAUGGGAUAGCUCCUCAAUAACGUAUUGAUCUGUCACGCAUGUACACACACCUACAGAAUCUGCGGUCACAAUCAUUUGUGAAAACGGCACAUUUUUUUAAAUGAAAUGUUGCUCUCUUCUGGUCAAACUAAGGCAUUACAACCAAAAAGGUUGACGAGCCAUAAGCAAUUGUUCACUUCUCUUGCCAGUGGAGCUGAUUUCUCCCAUUUGUGUGUAACUGCUCGAUCCUAUUUAAGACCGCCAUUGACAACACAAUAGGGCCAAUUGAAAAUUUGCACAAGCACAUCACAUCACAGUUCAUCUGUGUUGAAUUAUUUCUGGGUUUGGACACAAAAGAUUGGACACCAGAUUUUCCCCCGUUAUCUAUCUCAAUUGCUUUUGAGUUAAUAAUACAAAAGAUCUUGGAAAAUUGUUCAUUGUAAAUUGUACGUCCGCUCUUUAGGCAUUAAUACAAAUUGUGGAAUUUUUUUGCAAUUUUAAUACUGUACUUUUAAAGUAUUUUUUGUUUGCAUUAGAUUAUGAGAUAAUAUUUUAUUCGUUUUAAAUCUUGGAAAUGUUUAUUUUACGUCUUCUGAAAGACAGACUAACAAAUUGUCAUUAACAGAGGUAUAAGAGAGGAUGUAUUUACAAACAAAUUUUGAACAUUUUGAUAGAUUCUCAUUUUUUUCUGUCUGCCUGGUUCUUUUUCUUGAACAUGAAAAAGCGAGAAAAGUUCCUGUAUGUUUUUAUAAAUCCCUCGUGACGUGUAUAUAGCAGGUAGCAUAGCUGAACUAUAAUUCACCUUGUCUCUCACCUAUCUUUUCUCAAACUGUAUGUCCAAAUGUGCUUGCAUCAGGGGCAUUUUAAGUAGUCAAGUUGCCCUUGACCACAUAUUUAGAAUCAAAUGACCUUUGAAUCUUAACUUUAAACAUUUGGAGGGAAAAAUGGACAACUGACCCGAGAUUAGUGCUUGAGGGUGACUUUAAGCGCUCAUGGUCAUUUCUAUCUCUGUGUUUGCUAUUGACUGUCCCUGCGUGUGUCCACCUACUUCUGAGGCUGAGAGAGGGUAUGAGAGUAGACACUUAAAGGGAUAGUUUACCCAAUAAUCAAACUUUCAUACAUGAAAAAUUAUCUCAAGUCCACGCCAUAUGUUGUUUUAAAUCACGCAAUAUGCACAUGUAAACGUCAGACAAACAAACGUUGGGGUAAACUCCCUUUAGUCAUAACCUGUCAAGCCACUGGCUUUUUCAGCCUGGGCGCAGAAACAACCUGUCACAUUGGGCGCGUUCGAGCGGAUCACUUUUAUCAAGUCGGUGCAUUGUUCACCAAUUUUCAAAGUGUGUUAUGAGAAUAAAAAUUGUCUGACUUGCGCCUACAUGUCGCCUGCAUUAUAACUUUACAAAAAUCACAUGAUCAACACAGGGAAGGUGAAAGCAAACUGGUGGGUGCCUUUGCCUACCAGAAUUCUGCUUCCACCUGCUCAUUUCAUGUCGAGACAGAUUAAGGAAAGGAGUCAAAGAGACUGAGUAUUGAGAUACACCCCUUAUGUUUUUCUAUGACAGGCCACCUCUGUCAGAAGUCCCACUGUAAAAAAAAAAAAAAACUAUUGAUCCUCUCGCUCCUUCUCUGGUCGCCUAUAACAUGUCUGCUGUAGUUGAAUCUAGCCAACUCCUUGUUUCUGACCCCUUGUAUUUCCCAGAAUGCCACUCUAAACACUGCAUCCGUUACAUGUUUAUGUCUGUAGCAGUCGUUGGAACUCUUUCCCUACGUCGGCCUUAACGCCUGUGGUUGUAAUGUUAUCAUUGUGAGACGCGUAAUACCAUUGCCUUGUUUCACCCCAUCUUUAUACCAUGGGAGAAUCUCAAUUGCACACACCUCACAUCCUCUGUCCUCGCCUCCUUCUUUAAAACCCAUUGGAUGAGAAAGCCAGAGGUCCUGACCUUCUCCUCCAAUGGGUUUUGGGAGGCGGCAAACGAGAACGUGAGAAGUUGGCAAUUGAAAUUCUCACCAUGCGUGCCAUAGAGGAGUACAAAUAAACUGUUUAGCAUAUAAACCCUUUAAAAACAGUACAAGACAGUUAUUUUAUAUAUGAUUAUUUUUGUUUUGUUUUGUAAAUGUUUGGGGUUUCUUUCUCUUUGGUGGUAAUGGCAGCACUUUCUGUACAUUGACCAAUAAAGACUUGUUUUAGAAUCUA